AUGUCUCAACAACAAAAUGCUUUAAUCAAACGUGCAUCACUUUAUCCUUUGUCCUUUGAUGAUACAAUUGCACAGAACAAUCCUAUACAUGGUUCUCGUGAUAGAACUUCUCGAACUUUGACAACACACUCGCAUUCCCAAGAUUCUUUAUUAGGAUGUCGAGGUCAGGAUUCGUAUGAAGAACGCAUUGCAAGAUUGGAAAAAGGAAUGAUAAACAUCCAAGAUGACUAUCUAAAUGAUUCACCUGACGAAAUCGAUGAUAUUGGAACAGAUACUGAGCAAGACUACUUUGAAGACAUUAUUCCUAUAUGUGAAAAAUCUUUUCCAGAAGAGGAAUAA